GGUGAGUGAAUGUGAGAGUCAGCGCUCGCGCCGCGCGCGCAGCUCGUCUCUGCUGCUCGGCGCCCAUAGUCCGGCUGCGAGGGGCGGGCGCGCGCGUAAAAGCAUAGAGACGGGCGUUGAGCUGCCCGCCUAGAGCGUCGCCGAGUCGGAGCCGGAGCCCGAGCCGCGCGCUGUGUCUCCGCUGCGUCCGCCGAGGCUCCGAGUGUCAGGGACAAAAGCCGCCGCCGCACCCUCUGCUCCCGCCGCCGGGGCUCAUCCGCCGCUGCCGCCGUCCUGAGGAGGAGUCCGCUGCCGUCGUCCCCAGUGAGGAUCCGAGAGCCAUGUCGGCCAGCAGCCUCUUGGAGCAGAGACCUAAAGGUCAAGGAAACAAAGUACAAAAUGGAUCUGUGCAUCAAAAGGAUGGACUGAACGACGAUGACUUCGAACCUUACUUGAGUCCACAGGCAAGGCCCAAUAAUGCAUAUACUGCCAUGUCAGACUCCUAUUUACCCAGUUAUUACAGCCCUUCCAUUGGCUUUUCCUAUUCUUUGGGUGAAGCUGCUUGGUCUACUGGAGGUGACACAGCCGUGCCCUAUCUAACUUCUUACGGACAACUGAGCAACGGAGAGCCCCACUUCCUACCAGAUGCAAUGUUUGGGCAACCAGGAGCCCUAGGUAGCACUCCAUUUCUUGGUCAGCAUGGUUUUAAUUUUUUUCCCAGUGGGAUCGACUUCUCAGCAUGGGGAAAUAACAGUUCUCAGGGACAGUCUACUCAAAGCUCUGGAUAUAAUAACAAUUAUGCUUAUGCACCCAGCUCCUUAGGUGGAGCCAUGAUUGAUGGACAGUCAGCUUUUGCCAAUGAGACCCUCAAUAAAGCUCCUGGCAUGAAUACUAUAGACCAAGGGAUGGCAGCACUGAAACUGGGCAGCACAGAAGUUGCAAGCAGUGUUCCAAAAGUUGUAGGCUCUGCUGUUGGUAGUGGUUCCAUCACUAGUAACAUCGUGGCUUCUAGCAGUUUGCCUCCAGCUACUAUUGCUCCUCCAAAACCAGCAUCUUGGGCUGAUAUUGCUAGCAAGCCUGCAAAACAGCAACCUAAACUGAAGACCAAGAAUGGCAUUGCAGGAUCAAGUCUUCCACCACCCCCAAUAAAGCAUAACAUGGAUAUUGGAACUUGGGAUAACAAGGGUCCCGUGGCAAAAGCUCCCUCACAGGCUUUGGUUCAAAAUAUAGGUCAGCCAACCCAGGGGUCUCCUCAGCCUGUAGGACAGCAGGCCAAUAAUAGCCCACCAGUGGCUCAGACAUCAGUAGGGCAACAGACGCAGCCAUUGCCUCCGCCUCCACCACAGCCUGCCCAGCUCUCAGUCCAGCAACAGGCAGCUCAGCCAACUCGCUGGGUAGCACCUCGGAACCGUGGCAAUGGGUUCGGUCAUAAUGGGGUGGAUGGUAAUGGAGUAGGACAGUCUCAGGCAGGUUCUGGAUCUACUCCUUCAGAGCCUCACCCAGUAUUGGAGAAGCUUCGAUCCAUCAAUAACUAUAACCCUAAAGAUUUCGACUGGAAUCUGAAACAUGGCCGGGUUUUCAUCAUUAAGAGCUACUCAGAGGACGAUAUCCACCGUUCCAUUAAGUAUAAUAUCUGGUGCAGCACGGAGCACGGGAACAAGAGACUGGAUGCUGCGUAUCGUUCCAUGAACGGGAAAGGUCCCGUUUACUUACUUUUCAGUGUCAACGGCAGUGGACACUUCUGUGGAGUUGCAGAGAUGAAAUCUGCUGUGGACUACAACACAUGUGCAGGUGUGUGGUCCCAGGACAAAUGGAAGGGUCGUUUUGAUGUCAGAUGGAUUUUUGUGAAGGACGUUCCCAAUAGCCAACUGCGACACAUUCGUCUAGAGAACAACGAGAAUAAACCAGUGACCAACUCUAGGGACACUCAGGAAGUGCCUCUGGAAAAAGCUAAGCAGGUGUUGAAAAUCAUAGCCAGCUACAAGCACACCACUUCCAUUUUUGAUGACUUCUCACACUAUGAGAAACGCCAAGAGGAAGAAGAAAGUGUUAAAAAGGAACGUCAAGGUCGUGGGAAAUAAAAAGCGGUUCUGCACAGACUGCAGCAACGGUUGCAUCUGCUUAUCCUAAGAGGACACAGUGACCUUCAAGAAAAUUAGGACUUUUUUCUUAAUUUCAUUGACUUCAGAGACAAUUGCAAACUUGCAGUUUAAGUAUUGGAAUUCACAAAAAAAGAAAAAGAAACAUAGGACUUAACUGGAAAAUGGAGGAAAAAAAAGGAAAAAAAAAAAAGGAAAAACCUAAACAAAAAUUCCCUCUAGGUAGUUUAGGUAAAAAAAUGUCCCUUUUAUUUUGGCUUUGGUUGUGAUUCAAAGCAUAAUGCUUUGAGUUUUUUUUUUUGUUUUUUUUUUUUUUGUUUGUUUU